CCCCCUUGAGUCAUGUCCAACAUUGAAUAAAACUAACUUUGAGUCUCGAAGUAAAUUAAUUAAAAGUGAGUGAAAGCAGUAUCAAUUUAUAUAAAAAACACUUUAAAUGUGCAGUUAAGGAUCGAAGAGCGAGAGAGGGAGACAGAAAGCGAGGUUACAAAACGAUGGCUGAAGAAUUUAUAUAACAUUUUAAGAAUUAUUCUAAAUACAAAAUUGAAAGACACUUUUUUUCACAACAACAUAAACUUGUUUAAUCUUAACGGAAAUGGCUGAACAUACAACAACAAAUUAUAAAAUUCAAACUAGCGGUCCGUCGUACAUGACAAACUACUAUAAGACAAUUAAACGUCCUGCCACGACUAGUUCGAUUGAAGAAGAUUCGCCAUUACCAAAAAUUUCAAAAGUAGCUUAUGAAAAAACAAAUGAAAAGUAUGUAAUAAAUCCAAAAACACAACGUGGUAAGAGUGCAUUCAAAGAGAUUGCCGGUGAGUCGGCGACGAGAUAUGACACAAGUUUGGGAUUGCUCACAAAAAAGUUUAUGGACUUGCUGAAGGAGUCGCCCGAAGGUGUUGUGGAUCUGAAUGCAUGCUCUCAAAAACUACAAGUACAAAAACGACGAAUCUAUGAUAUCACAAAUGUUUUGGAAGGUAUUGGAAUAUUGGAGAAGAAAUCAAAGAAUCAAAUUCAAUGGAGCCGAGGAAGCAAUCGAACGCUCUGUGAUGGAUUAGAGAUUGAUGAGAAUUUAAAAGGUCUCCAACAGAAGGAGAAUCAACGUUUAAUUCAAAAAGAGAAUCAACUUAAUAGUCUGAUUGUUGAUCUGAAGGAGCACUUCAGUAAACAAAUUGAUCACAAAUACGCUUAUGUUACAUGUCAGGACCUGAGUAGUACCGAAUCGUUUAAGGACCAGCUACUAAUUACUUUACGUGUGCCCGCUGACUCCAAAUUAACGAUUCCUGCUACGCCACUUCCAAGGGAAAUACAUUUUAAAAGCGACCGAGAAGAAAUUGAGGCAUUUGUCAGUCGCGAAGCUCAGGAUGAAGACUUAAAAACAACAUUAUCAGAAACCAGUGUAGACUUUAAAUCACCUAACAAUAGUACUAGCAAUGAAAAUGAAGUUUUUGAUAAUUGCUUAGGAGAAUCGUCAUCGUAUAGUAAUAUAAUCCAGACAACAAGUCAAUCGGAACUUAAUGUCGAUUCGAGUCCAAAAGCAAAAAGAAGUCCACUUGACUUGAGUCCCGAGAAUUUCUUCAUGACAUCUAAUGAAAUUAACGAAAUAUCAAAAUUCAUGGCACUCGAAGUACCAGAGGAUUACAAUUACUCUUUAGGAUUACAAGAAGGCGUUAUGGAUUUAUUUGAUUUCGUUUAAACUGUUGUUUCUAUUAAUUCUUUCUCAAUCGAAAAGAUCGUCGCUUGUAUGAAUGAAUAAUUAUGAUAAUUUUUAAUCUACUAGAUUUUAAGGAUAAGAUGAAGAACAAGAAGAAGAAUAACACACAAACAAUUUGAAGAAAACAUGAAAAGAAAUCAUUGUAGGAAAGUUUUGCCUAUAUUUUUUAUUAAAAUUUCCAUCUUGGUUUUUUGUUAAUUAGUAGUAUAUUCAACCUUUCAAAUUUUAAAGGAAG